GUGCGGCCCUGGUAGCUUAUUAUUGGACCUGGCUUCCACAUACACCAAAAGCUCUUUUUUCGGCUUGGACCUGAAUCCUCUGUUUCCAACACAUAUAAAACCACCUAAUGUGUCCUUUUACGAGCACGAUAUUCUCGACGGUCUUCCGUUCGACGGGGAAAAAUUCGAUUUCGUAUACCUUCGUUUCAUGAAAGAUUUUUUUGUGGAAGAGGCUUGGAAGUACAAGGUCUUACCUGAAGUCUUGCGUGUGCUCAAACCAGGGGGUUGGAUUGAGUUUAUGGAAUUGGAUCGAAAAUUUUACGAUAUCGGACCCAUUACUUCAGAUUUCACACAAAUGUGGCUCGAUGUUAAACAAUAUCACUAUAUUUAUAUGAGCGUUCCGAAAUUUCAAGAGAUAAUACAAUCCUUCCAACCACAAUUGAUGUCAAUAACAACGGAGGAGAAGAUCAAUUAUUGGUAUCCUAUUUCGUCGCCGGAAUCUCAGAACACUGUUGACAUUGCAAAAGAACUGAUGAGGUUCACGAAAGCAAGAAUAUUAAAUUCGACGGCAAUGGAUAACCUCGAAUUUGAAGCGUUGGCCGAUAAGGUGACGGCCGAAAUCAAGGAGUAUAAGUCCUAUGGUAAAACAUAUCGUAUUUAUGCUCAAAAAAAAGCCCAUAAUUAA